CCUUAUUAAAGCGGCGUGCAAUUGAGGCUUGAACACAUUCUUCAUUCUGCCAAUCCUGUGUUAAGAUGCCUCCCAAGAGAAAGAACAUCUCUAAAGAAUUCAUUGAUGACUCAGAUGACCCUGAAGACACCAAAGUGAAGACAAAGAAAGCUCGUCUCCAAGCCACCCCAGCAGCUGCCAGCAGUGCCAAUGGUAGCGAGGAGGACAUGAUACCAUUGUCUGCUAAGAGGUUUGUGAGUGUGAGUAACUUCAAGGGUAAGAUGCUGGUCAACAUCAGAGAGUACUAUGAGGACAAAGAGAGUGGCGAGACGAGACCAGGGAGGAAAGGCAUUUCCCUCUCAGUCGACCAGUGGGAGGCACUAAAGAAGGCUGUAUCCACGAUAGACGAGCGACUACACAAAUAAA